AUGGCAUCCGAAAACGUGAGUGUUACAUCACAGAAAAGCAAAUCGAGAAAAAAGAAGAACGAUACGGUUUUGCAGCCCAGAAGUGGAAGCAAUAGUGACUCUUCAUCAGCAAAUGUCAACUUGCAAGAUAGUUUUGGCGAAGUGAAGAAUGUUAAUCAAGAUUUGAGCAAAAGUGAGGACGAAACAUGCCUGAUCUGUGCAGAAAAUAUUAAAGUUGCUUCUUUAUCUCCAUGUAAUCAUAGGGUUUGUCAAAUGUGUUCAUUUCGAAAUGUAGCACUAUACAAGAAAGAUCAAUGUUUGGUAUGCCGAACAGAAGUACCACAUUUCAUUUACACUGAAAAUCUGAAAUAUGAUAAAUUUGAUGAGAUAAGUAAAUCAGAUUUUAUACCGGCUUUCAAGGGUGAUCAUGGUGUAAGGUUUACAAGCGAGUACGCAAAGGAUGAAACUCUAAGAUUAUUAGAGUAUAAAUGUCCGAUUAAGUCGUGUAACUUUCAUGAGAGAAAACUUAACAAUUUCAAAGAGUUGAAUAAUCAUGUUAAGGAAGCUCAUGAUAAAUAUUAUUGUGAGUUGUGUGCCAAGUUUAAAAAGGCCUUUAUAUCGGAGUUGAAGCUCUAUAACAGAAAGCAAUUGCACCAGCAUCAAACCAAAGGGGACAGUAUUGGAUUCAACGGGCAUCCGGAGUGCAAGUUUUGUACGAACAAACGGUUUUACUCCGACGACGAGCUUUAUGUGCAUAUGAGGGAUCACCAUGAAAGGUGCCACAUAUGUCAACAAAUAGACCCAAAUAACCCUCAAUACUUUAGAAAUUAUGAACAUCUAGCACAGCAUUUUAGGUCUGCCCACUAUGUAUGUACAGUUCAAUCUUGCUUAGAUCAAAAAUUUGUCGUUUUCAGAGAUGAGUUUGAUCUACAAACACAUAUGGCUAAAGAGCAUGCUGGGUUGAUGGGUAACAACAUUUUAUUUUCAACCAACACAUUCAACAAUCAAUUAUACACCGUGCCUAACAACAAGAAGAAGGGUAAAGCUGCAGCAAGCAAAGAUAGCUCAGAUAAUGACAACUACACACUAAAGAAGAAGAGAUUGGAAGAAAGGGCCAAACAUUAUUUGAAUUACUCUAAACCCAAUAUUGACAGAUUUUUAGUGGCCAACGAGGAAUACCGCAAUGGAUCACUUUCUGCACAAGACAUUGUUGAAAAGUAUCAUGAUAUAUUUAAAGAUAGCAAAGAUGUUGAUUAUGACUUACUCAUUUAUGAAUUAUCAGGUUUGUUUCCUUCAAAAUCUGAUUUGCGAAAAAAUUUAGAGGCUAUCAAUAGACCGCAGUUAGAAGUCAGAGAGUUGAAAGAAAGAUUUCCCGCUUUGCCUGGAACUGGGAACUCGUUACAACAGUCUUUUUGGGGUGGAGGCAAUACGUCCAGAUCCAGUUCGAAGCUGAAACUUUCAGGGUAUAACCCACUUCCUCCUAAAAAUGGUAAAUCCAAAGCCAAAAAUCCGUGGAGUUCCACCCAGAGAGUUUCAACUAUCAAUCCAAGUGCAUCUACUUCUUAUCCUUCUCUUCCGACGACUUCUGCGGCCAAGCCAGCUACGGCGUCAUCAUCCUUUUCACCUUCUCUUUCACCGUCCUACACUACGUCUAGAUCAACAACGCCAAGUAGGCCAGUCGAUGAAACCCUUUUUCCAAGCCUACCCAAGGAACAGCCAAAGAAAGUUAUUCCCAGGGUUAAGCCUGCUGUUUCUACCCCUGGUGCUUGGGGUGCUGGCACCGUCGAUAGUAGAGAUUCGUCGCCCUCUGAUGGGUUCGAUCUGGACAUUAUUGGGACGAGUGUAAAGAAUGUAAAAGGGAAAAAGGGUAAGAAAGUUGUUUACCGUAUUGGACUUUGA